GUGGUUUAAAACAGGGAAGAUGUUCUCCGAAAAAAUCCAGAGUCCUGUUUUAAGAAAGAUGUUUCCUGGAGAGAGCCUGGCUCAUUUUUUGAUACAGUUUUUAACUAAUUUCUGAGAAAUAUAUAUAGUCAGAUGGGCCCAUAUUUUGGAAUUCUGAAGCCAAUUUGGACCUGUUAAUCUGUGAUUGCUUCGUAUGUGUCUGAUGUUGGUCUCCUCGUUCUAAGGUGUCAUGUCCUCGCUGAGUUAAGUGGCAGCAGGAGUAGAAAUGCAUUCCGGCCACACAGAUGAAAAUGUACCUGAUCCCAAGAAAGUUAUACAGUUGAUCAAAAAGCAAUUGGUGAAUUCCAUCAAGGCACUGCAGAAGCAGUUUGUAACCUCUGAUGCUGUCGUAACCAGUGAUGAUGGAGAUGCGAAUACCCUUUGCUGCACCCUAGAGGCUGUUUUUGUGCAUGGGCUGAAAGCAAAGUACAUAAAAGCCGAAGCUGUAGGGAAAGGAAAGAAAUUAGGUGGGCGUGGACCUCUUCCCCAGCCUGUCUUCUGGGGCCUGCUGAAGAGCAUCACACACCGAAAUAUAAUUUCAGAGCUGGAGCACUUACAUUUUAUCAACACUGAUGUUGGCCGCUGCCGUGCUUGGCUAAGGCUUGCAUUGAAUGAUGGCCUCAUGGAGUGUUACAUGAAGUUACUGCUAAAUGAAAAGUCCAGGCUGCCUGAAUAUUAUCAGUCAACAGCCCUGCUACUGGAUGCAGAAGAGUGUGAAUUUCUCCUUAGCUAUUUGCAGGGAUUAACAUCAUUGACCUUCGACCUGUCCUAUAAAUCAGCAGUUUUAAAUGAGUGGACUGUAACGCCCUUGUCCUUGUCUGGUCUUUGUCCUUUUUCGGAGCUUCCAGAGCCACUCACAUCCUCCAGUUCUGAACCCCGGAGGAGGGAGUCACUGGGCUCAAUCUCUCAGUCUUCAGGAUCUGAUGAAGUUCAACCCCCAAUACUGCCCAUCAGUAAAAAUGGACACAAAAGCAAACUUACGUGCUCCACACUGAGCCUUAACACAAUAGGUUCAUCCCAGCUUUCCUCCAGCGUUGGCUCAGACAGCCUCUUUCAGGGUAAUGGUCCUAGAAGCCCCGAGAGAUGUAAGGAGCCUCUAUCAUGUGACUCUGAUUUAGGUACAGCGAAUGCUGAAGAUCUGGACAGAUCUCUGCAAGAGGUAUUGUCAGAAUUCAGCAAAGCCCAGCAAAACUCCGAACCUGCUGAAAGACUGCUAAUUCUGAACCUGUCAGAGUCUUCCCUGUCACAGACCACCUGUCCUCCUGUCUCUCAUACCACUCGCUUGCAUUGUAAUGCAACAUCUGAGAACUCUGCAUAUUCAGAAUCACUUCCUAUCACAGAUAACCCGCAACCUACACACACAACCAUUUCAACAAAAAAUGGUAGGAUACCAGCUCCUGUCUCAGAUGUUGCGGGAAUCCAAUUAUUGUCUCAGCCAGUCAUAAAACGCACCGAUGUAGCAGACGCUGAUCCAUCUAAACAGCUUUGCAUUGUCAAUGGAGAAGAUAAAGAUGAAACCAGUGAGAUAAAUGAUCAGAAGGAAACCCAAGAGGACCGUAGCCCGGUGACAGGAUUCCUUUCACCAGCAACACCUGGUUCAAAAAGAAAGAGCUGGAUCUCAGAAGAUGAUUUCUACAGACCUUCUGUAGUGGAGAGCAGUAAAGGCUCAAUUCAUGCCAAUGGACCUUCGCUGGAGGGCAACAAACAAGGCUGGUCCACAAAACUGAUUAGUGCACUUGAUUUGGAGGGGCCCCGCCUGCCCCCUUCAGAGAUCAGGAAGCCCAAAACAUCUCCUGACCAGGAACAAAAGGGCUUCAGUGUUGUGCAUCGUAGGCAAAUAGGCCUUCCUAAUCCAUUCCGUGGUCUCCUGAAACUGGGCAGCCUGGAGAGGAGAGGAGCAAUGGGUAUCUGGAAAGAGUUCUUCUGUGAGUUAUCACCACUGGAACUCCGCUUCUUUGUGGACCAUGAAGAACGGGUUUGUGUUGAGAAUUGUUCCCUGCUGCGGUGCGAGUCGCUGGGCAUGGCUCACAGUGAUGGGCGUUUUGAGCUGGUUUUCUCGGGUAAGAAGUUAUGCUUGCGAGCUCCUUCCCGAGAUGAAGCUGAGGACUGGCUAGACAGGAUACAUGAGGCACUGCAAAAAUGCAGGCCUCAGCAGGAGGAAGCCUGGGAGACCCUUGAGUAUCCAGAAGACACCCUUGAAGGCCAAGCAGAACUCAGUAACUCAGCAGCACUUCUUCAGUACAAUGACAAGUCUAGAGAUGUCCUUGACUGGACAUCCUCUAAGCCACCAGAAUUAGAUGCAGUUAAAGAAUCAGUUCUUUAUUUGGAGGUAGAUAAAACUUGGGUUCCUUUUAUUUUUUCCUUAUCAUUAGAAGCUUUAAAAUGCUUUAGAGUAAGAAACGAUGAAAAAACUUUAAGCAACAGCUAUGGAAUAGAGACCAUCCAGGAUAUUCUUCCUGAUACGAGUCUUGGUGGGCCUGCGUUUUUCAAGGUUAUAACCUCAAAAGCCAUCUUAAAGCUACAAGCAGAGAAUGCUGAAGAGGCUGCGCUAUGGAGGGGGCUUGUUCGUAGAGUACUAACUUCAUACCUAGAAACUGCAGAGGAAGCGCUGACACUUGGUGGCAAUUUAGAUGGAAAUUCCCAAGUAGUCCUGAAAAAUAUCGUAAAGGAAAAUGGCUUUCUGUUACAAUACCUGGUGGCCAUCCCCAUGGAGAAAGGCCUGGAUUCCCAGAGCUUCAUAUGUGCAGGCUGCUCCAGACAGAUUGGAUUUUCUUUUGUGAAACCCAAACUCUGUGCAUACUCUGGCCUCUAUUACUGUGAUGCCUGCCACCAGGAUGACGAGUCCGUGAUUCCAUCACGUCUUAUCCACAACUGGGACUUGACUAAGCGAGCAGUUUGUCGACAAGCUUUAAAAUUCCUGAAUCAGAUCCGUAAUCAGCCAUUGAUUGACUUGAAGCUGGUCAAUGAAAGUCUGUAUGACCACGUGGAAAAAAUGAACCGAAUCCGCAGGAGCAGGGAACAGCUGAAACUGCUUGGAGAUUACUUAAUAAUGUGUCGCAGCGGAGCCCUAAAGGAGCUGAGCAAACGGCUUGACCAUAGGCAUUACCUCCUGGAAUGCCCCCAUAAAUACAGCGUUACUGAUCUGAGGCAGAUUGCAGACGGUAUCUUCGAAGUGUUUCUGCAAUCACUGAUCCAGUUUGCUUCCCACCAUGUUUAUAACUGUGACCUCUGCACCCAGAGAGGCUUCAUCUGUCAGAUUUGCAAUCGCAAUGACAUCAUUUUUCCCUUUGAGUUUGACACGACCACCAGGUGCAAAGAAUGCAAAACUGUCUUCCAUAGUUGCUGCCAGUCUCGUGUGAAGUCCUGCCCCCGCUGCGAACGCCGACAAAAAUACCAGCAAAAGCUGCAAGCGGGUGUCGUCAUGGAACCAAAUGUGUAGCAAACAGCUCCUCACAGACCAACUGUCACAUGUGACUUUGAUCAUCUUCCAACUGGAGUGGCUUGAACAUGGCAUGAAGGGGAAAAAGGGAUCACGCCACGUGCCAUUCAGUCCGAGCAAGUACAUUCCUAAUACUGCUUGGAGCAGCUCCUGUAUGCAGGCAUUACCAGAGUAGGAGUCGUCAUAAGC